AUGAAGGAUUCCGCUCCCGAGCUGAAUGUGAGUAGUUCCGAAACAGAGGAGGAUAAGGAAGAAGCUAAACCAGAUGGAGAGAAAGAUCCAGAUUUUAAUCAAAGUAAUGGAGGAACAAAGAGGCAAAAGAUAUCCCAUCAAAAUUAUAUUGCCUAUCAAAAGCAAGUUAUUCGGCGAAGUAUGCGACAUAGAAAAGUUCGCGGUGAGAAAGCACUUCUUGUUUCUGCCAAUCAAACAUUAAAAGAAUUGAAAAUUCAGAUCAUGCAUGCAUUUUCAGUUGCUCCUUUUGACCAGAAUCUCUCAAUUGAUGGAAAGAUUUUAAAUGAUGACUGUGCCACCCUCGGCACCCUUGGCGUCAUUCCCGAAUCUGUCAUUUUGUUAAAGGCUGAUGAACCAAUUGCAGAUUAUGCUGCAAUGGAUGAUGUCAUGCAAGUGUGUAUGCCAGAAGAAGGGUUUAAAGGUACUGGUCUACUUGGACAUUAAUCUUUUGAACACUUGCGGACUCUACUCAGAAAUGACCAGAAGGGAGGAGGAGUUUGACAUGUUAGGGCAUUAAAGAAAAGCUGGAUCUAAGAAUUAAAUCAUGACUCUUCCAGAAGGCAGAAAAUCAUUCAAAAGUGACUGUCCCAAAUGCCUUAUGUCAAAUAAAGCAGAUUGCACUGAAGGACAUCAGACUUGAAGGAAAUGUUUCAAAUUUUAUAUUUAAGGGGUGGGGGGUGGCGGGAGGGAAAGGGCAAAUAAAGAUUGAACCAGUUUAGUAGCAGUAACAGGAAAUCAUGUUUACAUAUGAGAUUUAUAGUCACGGGAGGGAAUAAUUCUGUUAUAUUUCCUUGCUCGAGUUUCAUACCAGAUGCAUCGGUCCAUGAGGGAUUUUUAUCACAGUAGAUGGGACAACAUUCUGCUCUGAACUAAAAGUAAUUCUUUAGAGACAUAACCUGCUUACCAGUACCUGUCUUUGAUUCAUAUUUUACUUUCAAUAAAGCAUGAAAGUGAAGAACUUGCCAUCAUUGUGGAAAAGUGUCUUCAGGAGGAUUAGACUCCUCUCCGCGUCGGCCGCAGCACCCCUGCCUCACGCCCCCCAUGGCAGUCUGUCUCUUAGUGUUGGGUACAGGAGGGGGCGCCUGCGCGUCUCCUGCCGGGAGCGAGGGACUCGGUCUCACUUGGGGCUUCCAAGGCUUUUGCCUUCAAGCAUUUCGGAAAGGAUGGUGAAUGUGUAUGACUCGUGCUAGCAUCUUCCUCCAGUAUUUCUAUUAUUCAGAAGUGGGGAAUCAAAUACAUCUUGCACUUUUGAACAAUCCGACCACCUCAUCAGAAGAGGCAAGUGGACUGAAGUACAUGUGACCAGCCCAAGGCUUUUCUAAAAUGUUUUCCCAUCUUCCAAGUCCACCGUGCUUGCAUCUCACUUCUCUUCUUGAACGCAUUCUUCCGAAAUGGCCAGAAAGGAUCUUUCACAUCACUUUGUUUAAAAAAGAAAAGAAAAAAAGUGUAUGGACGAGGUAUGCCAUUUUAUUCAAUUCAGGAUUAUUAUUGUUAUUAGCAACAUAUAACUGAAGCAAUAGUCUUCAGAACAUUGAAGGACUUUGAAAUGGAAUUUAAGACUGGAAUUUGUUUCGCUGUUUUCUCUGAGAAUGUAUGUACUUCUUUGGGGCAGAGAUGCCAACUCAGGCGUCUCUUGAUAACAUUUGCUUUUAGCCUUGGGUUUGUGCUAGGCUCCCCAACCCUCACCCCCACCCCUUUUCUGAAAAUUUAAACUCAAAUAAUGGACGGGGAGGCAGGUUUCAAUCGGAGGACCAGUAACCUUGCCAGCAUCCCUUUUGAAUAGCUCUUUUUAUCAGAAUAAUUAUGGCUGUUUGGUAAAAUUAUAACUUCUUGCUUGUGUUUCCCCUCUGCGUUUGCAAUGUCUUCAGUCUGUGCACCCUGAGGAUACAGGGUUGUUUAAAUAGCCUGUGUGGGAGACAGAGCUGCCCCCAAGACCCCCAAAAACCAUCCUAGGAACCAGCUGUUCCCACCUUGAGGUCGGCACAGGGGAAGGACUCAAAGUCAAGAUCACGGAUAGCUAAUCCUGGUGUGUAGAUCUCAGUGUUUUAUUUUGCUCCAAAGAAAUGAAGCAGGAGCAUACAAGUAAUAACACGCUGAGCGACUUAAUCCGUUCCCAGGGUAAAGCCCUGUGUGUCAGCGGACACAGCCUUGCCGACGGAGCAACUGUUUGCCCAGAGGAUGUCUUCCUGGGGCUUGUCAUCAACAUGUCAGUAGCCCCCAGAAAUCGGAUACAUUUCUCCCGAUUUGCUGUUAAUAACAGUUUUAAAAUUUGUUACUUUUGAGUCUUUUUUUUUUUCUUAUGCAACAUCACACAAUAACAGCCUUUUGUAAGUCUUCCAGGCCAAUAACCCAGUCUCAGUACUGGCUCCUUUACUCCUGGGGGUGGGAGUGGGGUGGGCUUAGGGUGAGCAGGUGAUCCUCCACGAGUCUGUCCUCAGAGCCCCAGCCGUCGUCUUCCUCCUGCCUUGGCAACUUGUCCUGCUAGCGCUCCUCAGGGUGGCCACUGUGGCGCCAUAGCACCAGCGGCACUGCGAGGCUUGAUCAGGCGCAGGAGCUCGGGCCCCAGACCCACUGAGUCGGCACGUGCACCCACAGGCUGCUCUCCUCUGCUCUUUGAAGUGGAGGGGCCUUGGGCUGCAGUCUCUUUCCACCCACAAUAUGUAGUGGCCUUGCAUUGCCACCCUCACCACUUUGUACAGGUAUAAGGUGUAACCUGAACCCGAUUCUCGCCUUGUCUGUAUUUACAAACGGGUGGAGACCGAUAGGCUGUGACCACAUUGAAGUGCAGAGACUCUUUCCAUCGGGUUUUUUAUGUCAUGCACGUGUACUCUUUUAUAUUAGGCCAGUCUUCUGUAGAAGGUAUUACAAAGCUUGAAGGUUCCCCCUUAUGUUUUUAACCAUUCUUUAAUCUCAUACUAACGUGUACAACGUAUGCUGGCACAGAUUGUUGCCACUGCCUGAAAUACAGGUUUUCAUUUGGACAUCUUCAUUGGGGAUGAAGUAUCUGGGGGAAUAAGUAUCUUUCUGUGUAUUAAUGAAUGUUGUUUAGAAUUACUGUUAAUCUUUCUGCCAAAUUAAAAAGAAACAAAGUGUCUCUUUAUUUCUAUGGAGUCAUAAUCCAGAGUGGAUUUUUUGUUACUUUAAAUGUCCAGUUGGUUAGUCUGUGUGGUCAUGGACUCGAUCAGAUGCUGGUUAAUAUUUGAAGCCAAUGCUGGUAUUGAAUAACCUGUUUUAAAUGCCCAAGGGAUGAUUUAUCGCUGUCUAAACAAACUGCUGGAGUGAAAUGAGCAUUAAAGCCUGUCUUUCCUGUUACAGAGUCAUGAA